AUGAAGAAGCUAAACUUGACUGUCAGUCUACCUCGGACUGGAGCUCCAUGCAAGAUCUCACCUGGUGGCGUCUCAGUGAUCCUAAGAAAGAGCUCCAGGUGCUCCCAGCAAAGCCGAGGCGCGGUGCUGCAGCUGGAGGAGCUGGUGGAGGCGCUGCAGGACCGCAGGAGGAGAGCCGACCAGGCCUUCAGGCUGCAGCUGCAGCAGGCGGAGGCGUCUCUGAGGAGGAAGGAAGAGUCCAACAGAACCAGCUCAGGAACGAGGCCCAAGUCUCCCAGUCAGCAGAACCAGAACCGACUGAAGUCUGGAUCCACUUCAGAGCUGCAUUCUAGACCCUGGUCAGAACCAGAACCUCUAAACCAGCCAGAGGUCCUUAAAGAUCUAAACCCAGAACCUGGAUCCAGAUUACAAGAACCAGACCCAGAUUUGAGUCACUUUCAGUCUAGAUUAAAUGAUGUCAGAGAUCUAGAAUCUGGACCCGGAUCAGCAAAGACCGGCAUCCUGCUGCCCAGUUUUAGAUCAGGACAGACCACUGGAACCAGUUCAGUGGCUGAACUGGUGACUCAGAGAUGGACCCAGUCUAUGUCUGGAUCAGAGACCAGAACCCUGCAGUCUGAGUCCAGCACAGCUGAAAACACAGACCUGCAAACUGGAUCCGGUUCAGACCGGAAGACACCAGACAGAAAAUACAGACCAGAACCCAGAACUGGACCAAGAUCUGGAUCAGAGAUAAACCAGAACCAACAGCUAGUGGAGAACAGGGACCCAGCGUUAGGUUCCCUUCUGAAAACCCAACCCAGAUUCCAGGAUCUGAACGCAUCUGGAUCUGAUGUAAACCCAGGAUCUGGAUCAGGUGGAACCAACCAAACCAGAUUAGAGACUGAUGAGAAAUCCCAGAGAUCUGGACCUGUACAAAAACCAAGACCGGGAUCAGAGGAGACCAGAACCUUUCUGUCCGAGUCCAGCUCAGCUGAGAGUAGAGACCUGAAAAGAGGAUCCUGGUCAGAACCUGAACCAAAGAACCGACCCAAAUCAGAACUUCUAACAUCUGGAUCCAAAGAGGGAAAAGGUCUCUGGCCUGGAUUUGGAUCGGGUCAGAAUGUGAAACAGCUGCUGGGAUCCGGGUCAGAGGAGAACCAGAACAGGCAGCCGGGAUCCGGGUCAGAGAAGAACCGGAACCAGCAGCCGGGAUCCGGGUCAGAGGAGAACCAGAACAGGCAGCCGGGAUCCGGGUCAGAGAAGAACCGGAACCAGCAGCCGGGAUCCGGGUCAGAGGAGAACCAGAACCAGCAGCUCGGAUCCCGAUCAGAGGAGAACCAGAACCGGCAGCCAGGAUCCCAAUCAGAGGAGAACCGGAACCUAAAGCUGGGCUCUGGGUCAGACUGGAUCAGGAACUUGAAGCUCAGGUGUUGUUCAGAUAUCGUGACUGAAACCAGAUCAGAGACGUUAGGGCGACCCAGAUCCUCAUCAAAGAUUAGGUUAGACCUACAGAACCGGCCCAAAUCAGAUGUUCUGAGAUCUGGACCACAGGAGACGGAGAAUCUGAGUCGUCGAUCUGGACCCGAGAAGACCAGGAAGCAGAACCAGGAAUCCACAGCAGUGCAGCCCACAGAACCUCUGUUUGGUUUGGGUUCAGUUGAGCUUCAAAGAUGUGGUUCUGAUCCAGACCUCAGAUCUAAAUUAGAGGAGAACCAGGAGUCAGGAUCCAGAUCAGAGGUCUCUGGGUCUGGGUCCGACCCGCCAUCAGAACAUCCCCAACUUGAUGGAUUCACACUGCAAAUAAAGGAGCAACAGAACCAGACCCAGAUGGAGACCCAGCAGAAUCAGGAGGGAGAGAAGUUUAGCAGAGGGAACCAGGAGAGACUGAUGAAGACCCUGCAGGACCUGAACUGUGUCUCAGAACUCCUGGACUCCAUCACCCAGGUGGAUCUGGGUUCAGAGCUGCAGACCUCCAGGCUGCUGGAGCGCUUCAGACAAGCAGAACCACAUUUCAGGCAGCUGGAUGCUGAUGUGGAGGUCACAGUGAGGAGCUGGGAGAGCCUGAGAGGGGUCCGGCCCCCCAUGGAGGAGCUGAGGGGAGGAGCAGUGAGGGAGGAGGACUUAUCAGAGCUGCUGAGGAUCCAGCAAACGGUGAAAGAAAAGAUCAAGCAGAGCGAGUUGAUCCUGAACCUGAGCAGCAGCUUCCAUCUGACAACUAAACAGCUGGAGCUGCUCCUCCAGUCAGAACCAUCCACUGGUUCCACUGGUUUACAUGAACCCAGACGGGCAGAGCAGGGUCGGCUCCAAGAGGCCCAGCAGCAGAUCCAGAACCUCUGUGAAACCAUGGCGACCGUGAAGACGGACAUCUGUGCUGCGGUUUCUCACAGUCACUGGGCAGGUUUCCAGGUGGAGGAACUGGGGAACCGUCUGAGGUCUCUGGAGUCUGACUGUGAGUCUUGGCUGAAUGAAGCAGCUCGAUGUGAGGAGGAGGUCCGCAGGGAGCAGCUGACUCACCUCCUGCUAGACGACAUCAGCCAGCUGCGUGAAUCUUUUAAGGAGCUGAAGAAACGUUUCAGCAACACUAAGUUCAACUACCUGAAGAGGAACGACAGAACCAGGAACCUGAAGGCCGUGUGCAACCAGCUGCAGCAGAUGGGGGCGUACCAGGAGAAGCUGCAGAGCCUUAGCAAGCGGAUUCAGGGUGUGACGGCCCGGCUGGGUUCUGAGGCUAAGAACACCAGCGCGGCCCGGCAGGUGGAGGACGCAGUCAACGAGCUACAGAGACAGACGGGACAGCUGGAGAGAAACAUCUGUGAACACCAGAAGACUCUGGACAUGACGUUCAGACUGCAGCAGGCGAUGGAGGAGUACCAGUUCUGGUGUGAGGAGGCCAGCGCCACCAUUACUCGGGUGGGGAAGUUUUCUUUGGAGUGUCGAAGCACAGAAGCCGUUUCUGUUCUCUAUCGGCAGUUUGAGAAGUUUGUUUGGCCGACGGUUCCUCAGCAGGAGGAAAGGAUCAGUCAGAUUACAGAGCUGGCUGUUAGGCUACAUGGGGUGGAGGAGGGGCAGCGUUACAUCGAGAAGACAGUCAGUAAACACUCAGAGAUGGUGGAGUCCAUCAGAGAGCUGAGUGAUGGGCUGAUGGAGCUGGAAGCCAAGCUGAAGGUGGAGAGUCUUAAACAGCAGCCGGAUGAAGAAAAGGAGGUAAAGGAGAAAGCAGAGAGGAGACAGACGGAAGAGGAGCUGGGAGAAGAAAGGAAGAUGAAACAGAAGGAUAACCGCAGCGUGCAGGAGGCAGCUGACAUGUGUGAACUUAAAGAAACGGGCCACACCCCCGAACUAAUCACAAAAAACGAUAGAAACGAAGCUGCUUCGGCCAAUGAGAAUCCUCCAUUACAGAAGAGUCAAGGUCAGGAGGUAAACGGGCCCACAGCGAGCAGAGGGAAAUUAACCGCCUCCCACACCCUCACCAUCUGCUCACCUGUGGAUGACAAACAACAGAUCCAAGCCACCCAGAACCAGUCCCAGAGCGCCGCUACCGUGCCUAAAGCUAGGCCUUCUCAGUCUUUUCUUAGUCCACCAUUCUCUGAUAAUCAGGAAGAUUUUCAGCAGGAGCCGGAAGGAACAGAACAGCAGAUAGAUUCUAGUUUCUGUGGAUCCAAAACAUUUUCCCUACAGGACGAAUCAUUGAAUGUGGAGCUUCAUCAGCCUGAGGAUUGCUUUUCCAACGAUGAAUAUGACUGUGCUUCCCCUGACGACAUCUCCCUGCCUCCACUGGCAGAGACCCCAGAGUCCAACAUGUUCCAGUCAGACGUGGAGGAGGGAUUCUGCUUUAGUUCACACAGUGUCCACGUCAGUCAGGUCAGCCACCAGUGCCAGGCCCAGUCAGAGCCAACAGGAACUGGUUCUGUCCCUCAGCAGACGGAAAGCUGUCCCGCUCCUUCAGUCAGUCGGCAAAGCAGCAGCAGGUUCAGAUCAGAGUCCAGAUCCUUCAUCCCAAGUCCAUCAACAGUUCCUGCUGCAACGCUCUUUACCAGCAGUUUGUGCACCGUCCUGAAAUCCAAGGAGUCCAGCACUGUCCAACUGGACGGCCCCGUCCAUGGAAACAACAGCGUAUACGGCUCUAAAGAUAGAAAUGCUCCAAAGAUGAGGAGUUCAUCCACAACCCCUAAACAGGGUCUGAGUCAGACCCUUCAUCCACAGUCCUCUAGUGGUUCUGAUGUUGGGCUCCACAGUAACAGCAUUCCUAAAAGAGACACUGGGGAUCAAGAAUUCAGCUCUAGUUACACUAAAACCAACUGCGUCCUUCCUGAAACCAGGAAUUUUCCAGAAUGCCAUCAUGACUCGACAAGUCAGAUCCUUCAGGAUGUGAAGUCAAGCAAAAAUCCGAGAGAAAACACGCCUCCAGGAGACAAUCUUACUAAGACCAGAACCAGUUUAGUUUUCCAGCAGAAAGUUUCCAUCAAAUCCUCUUUUUCAGACAGUCGUUGCACCAUCACCUCUCUCUGUAAUCCAUUCCCGAAGGCGUCCUCUCAGACGUCCAGCAUUACAGACCCGGUCUUCCACAAACAUACGGCUCAGCCAAAGAACAGUGACUUUAUAAAACCCCCAACAAUCCCCCAGAGUUCAACAAUUCCCCAGAGUUCAACAAUCCCUCAGAGUUCAACAAUGCCCCAGAGUUCAACAGUCCCCCAGAGUUCAACAAUGCCCCAGAGUUCAACAAUGCCCCAGAGUUCAACAAUUCCCCAGAGUUCAACAAUCCCCCAGAGUUCAACAGUCCCCCAGAGUUCAACAAUUCCCCAGAGUUCAACAAUUCCCCAGAGUUCAACAAUCCCCCAGAGUUCAACAAUCCCCCAGAGUUCAACAAUCCCCCAGAGUUCAACAAUCCCCCAGAGUUCAGCAAUCCCCCAGAGUUCAACAGUCCCCCAGAAUUCAACAAUUCCCCAGAAUUCAACAAUUCCCCAGAAUUCAACAGUCCCCCAGAGUUCAACAGUCCCCCAGAGUUCAACAGUCCCCCAGAGUUCAACAGUCCCCCAGAGUUCAACAAUCCCCCAGAGUUCAACAAUCCCCCAGAGUUCAACAAUUCCCCAGAGUUCAACAAUUCCCCAGAGUUCAACAAUUCCCCAGAGUUCAACAAUUCCCCAGAGUUCAGCAAUCCCCCAGAGUUCAACAGUCCCCCAGAAUUCAACAAUCCCCCAGAGUUCAACAAUCCCCCACAGUUCAACAAUCCCCCACAGUUCAACAAUCCCCCAAGAUCCAAACCCUUCGCAUCGUUUUAUCAGGAAUGAAGCAGAUCAAAACAAACCUUCAAUGCUUAGAGACAGCAGUCUUUGCACAACAACCACGGUCAGUCAGCUCAAACAGUCGCCCCCUUCAGGCAGGCAGCAGAGAGACACAACUAAAAACCAGUACAGCCCUGAGGACCUCAUCCAGAGUCCACCUCAGCCUAAAUCCCUCCAGAACAUCACUACCUGCUCCAGCAAACAGGGUCUCCAGACCGUCGACCCCUUCCAGAAGUCCCUAUCCUUCAGCUACACCCAGCAUGACGUGCAUGCUCACAGCAUGAGUCCCAGCUCCGCCCACCAGGCUCCUUCUCACCCAGAGCCUCUGACCCUCGCUUCACCCCAUCCAGCUAAUCUGCAUGAUAAAUCUCCAUAUCCUCCACCUCAUGAACUAACACCAGCACAAGAUCCUGAUAUCUGUCUGCCCGUGGCCAUCCGCGAGGAGAUCAGGCUGACCCCCCAGGUCCAGGGGCCUCCUCUUCCUCCCGCUCCUCUUCCUCAGGGAAAAGCCUCUGAACCUGGCCUUCCCUGCUUCACCAGGCCCCGAUCUCAAGCCGUGGUCAUGGAGGGCUCUCCAGUGACGUUAGAGGUGGAGGUGCUGGGGAACCCAGAGCCCAGGCUCACCCGGGGCAGCAGCUGCUCGUUGGGCUGUCUGACCUCCUGCCAUCAUGGUGGCUGCAGGUUUACGCAUGACGGCGUCUCUCAGAACCAGAGGCGCUGCCUCCAGGACUCCAAGCCGUUGGUGGGAAGCAGCAGCAGUGCUGGUGAUAAAUGGCUGCUUCUGGAGGCGUUUGACAUCAUCACGGAGGACUGGAACACCUGGUUUGGGACUCUGUGUGUCCUGCUGCUGCUGCUCUUUCUCAUUUUACUUUGAUUGAACUGUCGGAUCUGCAGGUCCACAGGAUUUUAGUUUGUUUGACCUCUUAAAUGUAUAAACUUCUUCUGAUUAUUCUGAGUAAAUCUGAUAAUGUUAAAUAUGAGAUGAAAUAAAUGUUGUGGAAAUGGAAAUUCCUCUGCUACAGUUGGAAAUGAAUGUGCUCUGAUCUCCGACAUUGACAGAAGAUUUAAAGCAGAUUAACUGUUUGAAGAUGAUAAGGAAGAAAUGUGUGAAAGGAAUCUCCUGUAAAAUGGAUCUGAUUUUAAUAAAACAUUGUUUUCCUCUUGGUUUAAACAAGUCUGUUUUAUUUGAUGUUCAGUUUUUGUUAUCUGACUUUGUUCUGCAGUGAGAAUCAAGCUUUUCUGUUUUUCACUCCAAACAAACAAAUCUGUCACCAUGUAAGGAGAAGAGCACCAGAUAAGCAACAGGUUUAUUUCCAGUAGCUUGUUGGACGGUUAAACGUUUCAUUGUGAAUUUUCUCCAGUCGAAUAAAGCAGUAA